GCACUCAGACCUCAGCCUUCUGGUGCAGAGCCUGAAGUCCGCCUUUUCGAGGCCCUGGCCACCAUAUAUGUGGCUUGUCCAAAGUUGCGAUGAGGGGGGCCUGUGCUAGAGCUAGUGGUGCGCUCUCUGCUGCGCGAAGAAAGAGGAACAGUGGAGGAACAUAGCUCGAAGCAUGUUUUAGAUGGUCAGGUGGAGCUGGCAAAGGGCUGGCGCCUGAGUCCUGAACAAGAAGUCCAAACAAGGCCUAGUUCUAGAAAAUGCAGAUAGAAAUCUACCGUACAAGGCUUCCCUGGGUGAGACAAAGUCCUGAGUCUUCAGUGGGCCGCUUAUUAUCCGAACAAGCGGCCAGGAGUUCGGCCCGCCUACUAGCUGCGAUCGAGCUCGCCCAAUCUUCCUCUAAACAAGCACCCAUGGGCACUUACUGAUAAGGUGGAGCAAAAUUAGUUUGUUAUUGCUUGCUAGCUCCAUUACAAAUGAUAUGACCUGUUCCUGAAGGGCGGGCACAAUGCUUAUCUACUUGAGCAAGAAGGUGGCCAUACCAAAUGGGGUGAAGCUCAAGUGCCUGUCAUGGAACUCGGAGCAGGGCUGGAUUGCAUGCGGUGGGGACAAUGGCCUCCUCAAGGUGCUGAAGCUGGACGGCGUGGCACGCAAGGACAGCAAGGGCGCGACGGCGGCGAGCAGCGCCGCGAGCAACCUGAGCAUGAACCAGACUCUGGAGGGGCACAGCGGGGCGGUGCUGGUGACGUGCUGGAACGAGAACUACCGCAAGCUGACCACCAGCGACCAGCAGGGGCUCAUCAUCGUGUGGAUGCUGCACAAGGGGAUGUGGUUCGAGGAGAUGAUCAACAACCGCAACAAGAGCAUCGUGCGCGACAUGCAGUGGACGGCGGACGGCCAGAAGAUCUGCAUCGUGUACGAGGACGGCGCGGUUAUCGUGGGGUCCGUGGACGGCAAUCGGCUGUGGGGCAAGGAGCUCGACCUGCAGCUCGCGCUCGUCGAGUGGUCGCCAGACGGGCGGCUCAUCCUCUUCUGCACUGUGCAGGGCGAGUGCCACGUGCACGACAAUAUCGGUAAUCCACUGACGAAGCUGCCGCUAUGCGUCCCGGAACAGCCCCCCGGGGCCAUCCCCAUCAUCGGGAUCGAUUGGUACCACGGCCUGGAGGGCUACACCGACCCGAAUGCGCCCACGCUCGCGGUCGCCUUUGAGAACGGCAGGCUUCAGUUGAUGCGGCACGAGGCGGACGAGGAGCCGCUGCUUGUGAAUUGCGGCAUGCGCGCGGCGCGGAUUGCCUGGAACUCCAAUGGAACCGUGCUGGCCGUCUCCGGAACGCUGCCGCCCGGAACGAGCGACGGCAAGGGCGACGCUAAGGAGACGCCCGCCGUGCAGUUCUACUCCAACCAAGGCAAGCUUCCGGCGUGCCAAACCAGCGCGCUCCUGCGCACGCUCCGCGUCCCGGGCUCCGGCAUCGCCUCCCUAUCGUGGGAGGGCGGCGGCCUGCGGGUCGCGCUCGCGGUCGAUUCCUUCAUCUACUUUGCCAACGUGCGGCCUGAUUACAAGUGGGGUUACUUCAACAACACCUGCGUGUACGCGCACGUCAAGGCGGACCGCUCCGAGCAGUGCGUCACAUUCUGGGACACCGGGAGCAACGAAAAAUACUGCAAGUACGUUCAGCGGCUGAUGGGCAUCCGCGCCGCCGGCGACCACUGCGUGCUGGCCGCCAGGGGAGAGGACGCCGGGCAGUACGUGGUCGUGCUCUGCGACGCGAUCGGCAGCCCGCUCGAGACGCGCUACAUCGACGUGGAGCCGCGCCACAUCACGAUGACGCAGGCAAGGUUGCGGGAAUCCCGUAUUUGUUGUCGAACGUCUUCUAUGACCCUCUUGGCGGUGGCUUCCGAGGAGUGGGUGUGGGCCUGGCAGUACCGGUCCGCCCCGAAGGGCGCGAACGCGGCCGCGGAUGCCGGCGCGGCUUCUACGUUGAAACCGGGCAAGGAGUGGAAGUUCCGGAUCGAUGACGUGGCAGCCAGGCGGAGCUCGUCGAUGGACACCGGUCCGGAUUUGGCGGCGUCUACGGCGGCCGUAGAGGACCCCAUCGCGUGCCUGUGCGCGUCCGACACGUGCCUCGUGCUGGGCCGGGCGUCCGGAAGCGUCCAGCACUACUCGCUGCCCGCCAUGAACCUGCAGGCCAAGUACGCGCUGCGCGGCAAGCCGCAAGCGCUUGCGCUCAACUGCGAGUCGACCCGCAUGUCCGUCAUCGACGCGAACGGAGUCCUCACCCUGUACGACAUCGACGGAAACGACAACGCGGCGGGUGGUUCCGGCCGGCUGGUGGCGGACUUCGAACGGAAGGACGUGUGGGACAUGCGGUGGGCGGACGACAAUCCGGAGCUGCUGGCCGUGAUGGAGAAGGCCAAGAUGUACAUCUUCCGGGGGACGGACCCCGAGGAACCGGUCAACUCCACCGGCUACCUCUGCACCUUCACCGACCUAGAGAUCAAAGCCGUUUCGCUGGAAGACAUCAUGCGCAAGCCCGACGCGCCGGAGGGCGACCACCUGUUGCAUCUGGAGACGAAAUCUUUGCGCGAUCUGCGCGCGAUCUUGGCGGACGCGAGUCUGGCGGACUCGUACCAGUUCGUGGAGGAGCACGCGCACCCGCGGCUGUGGAAGCUGCUGGCGGAGCACGCGCUGGAGAAACUAGACUGGGCCACCGCCGAGAAGGCAUUCGUGCGCGUGCAGGACUACUACGGCAUCCAGUUUGUGAAGCGGCUGCAGCUGCUGGACGAGCGCGAGAAGCAGGCGGCGGAGGUGGCGGUGUACUUCCGGCGCUUCGACGAGGCGGAGCGGAUCUACGACAAACUGGACCGGCCCGACCUCGCCAUCCAGCUGCGCUCCAAGCUGGGCGACUGGUUCAAAGUGGAGAAGCUGCUCCAGGCGGGCGGCGGCGACGACUCGCAGCUGACCACUGCCUGGAAUCGGAUCGGCGACUACUACACGGACCGCCAGAAGUGGGGCAAGGCCGCGCAGUACUACGCGCAGGCCAAGAACACGGAGGCGCUCGUGCAGUGCUUCUACGUACUGGAGAACUGGGCGGGCCUGGAAAAGCUGAUUGCGACGCUGCCAGAGGGCAGCCCGCUGCUGGGCGUCAUCGGGGAGCGGUUCGCGAGCGUCGGCAUCUGCGAGCACGCGACGACGGCAUUUUUGCGCGCGGGCGACGUGAAGGCUGCGAUCGAGUGCUGCGUGGUGCUGAACCAGUGGGACCGCGUUGUGCGGCUGGCGGAGCAGCAGCGGUCGGGCCACAUCGAGGCGCUGCUCGCCAAGUACGCCAACCACCUGCUGGACAAAGGGAAGCAGCUGCAGGCAAUUGAGCUGUACCGCCGCGCGGACCACCACUCAGACGCGGCUCGCCUUCUGAGCGCACUCACGCGGGACGCGGCCGCGGCCAAGGCAAGCCCGCAGAGGGUUAAGAAACUGUACAUACUGGCCGCUCUCGAGGCGGAAGAGUUCCGGAAGAAGACCCUGAGCCUGCAGGGUUCCGCCGGAACGACCAAGUCGGCAGCGGCCGCAACCUUGGAAGGUUUGAUCCAGCACGACCAAGCCACGGGGCUCGACCGGUCGCUCGCGGGCGCGUGGCACGGGGCCGAGGGCUGGCACCUCUGGCUGCUCGCGCACAGGCAGCUCUACGCAGGCAACGCGGACGCGGCCAUGAAGACCGCGCUGCGCCUCCACGACUACGAGGACGUCCUCAGUUCCGUCGACGUCGCGUCCCUGGUCGCCCUCACCGCCUUCUACAGCCGCCACUACCAGCAGUGCUCACAAGCCUUCAUCCGCCUGGAGUCACACCCCGACCUCCCGGCUGCUAAACAGGAAGCGUUUGCCGACUUGGCUUUGAACAUUUUCGCCGACCGGGAGCCGGAGGAUCCCUUGGGCAGGGCGCAGGCCUGUCCGCUCUGCCGCGGGCCGGUGCAGGAUUGGUCGAGCCGCUGCCCGACGGAAGGCUGCGAGGCGACCUUCCCGGUGUGUGUCGCGAGCGGGCGGUCCAUCAUAUCGGAAGAUAGAGUCAAGUGUCGGACAUGCAAGCACCUCAUGAUCCUUUCGGAGCUGGGCACCACGCAGAGCUGCCCACUGUGUCAUGCGGCGCUCGAUGAGAACAAGCAGAGGACGUCCCAUCAAAAGCUGUCUAAAAGCAUGCGAUAACGGUGCCUGUGCGGAGGCUAGUGCGUUUGGGCGGUCUUGCAAUGAGUGGAUCCGCUCUUUCUGCUUUCAGAAUGCACAGUGCACUCGCGCGGUGCUUGAUCAUUUG